AUGGCAUUUAUAAAGAAUACAAUUGAGAACGCCAUCAUGGGCUCAAUUGUAGAGUGCACUUCCGUAGGGGAGUUGCUUACAAAGAUAAAGAACCAGUAUACUGGUUCUUCAAAGACAUAUGCCACCCAGUUGAUAAAGCAACUGGUGACAAAGAACUACACUGGCAGUGGUCAUGGAAAAAGAGAGCACAUCCUCAGGAUGAGCAACAUGGCAGCAAAGCUCAAGCCCAUGGAUGCGGAUCUGGAGAUCAAACUAGCGCUCCUGGUCCAUCUGGUCAUGGCUUCACUGCCGAAGGAGUUUGAAACCUUUGUUGUAAACUACAAUAUGUCACCUGGAACAUGGGACAUUGAAAAGACAAUAGCAAUGUGUGUCCAAGAAGAGGACAGACUCAAAGCCUCACAUGGUGGUUCACUCAACUAUGUGAAGGAUAACAAGAAAAAGAAUUACAAUCAAAAUAGCAAAGGUUCUCACUACUAG